UCAGAACGUUCAAGUCUGUUAUAAGACAAAUGUGGUCAGCUUCUCCCUUUCCUGACAGCAGAUAUAUUCAUAUCAACCUUUGCAUUUCAUCGUUGACAAAGUACAUUGAAUCUUUGCAGAUCCAGGAUAGAUCUGAAACUCAUAAAUAUUAUCUGUUUUAAAACUUUAUUUAUCCUAGAACAUUCAAGUUUAUAUUACAGAGUUGUACUUGUAUCGCAAGUGUUGUGAUCUAAGAUUGUGUGUUGAAACUAAGACCAUUCAGUGUUGAUGACAUAAGUUAGCCAUUCAGAAACACAGAAAGACCAUUACCUUCACUUAAAACAUUUAUUGUUUGUUAUAUGGUGUCAAAAUUUUCAUUGCUCAAAACUGCGAACUGGACACCAACAAAUGUGUGCUACCUCUCAAGUUUAUAACGAAACAAGAACGUUGAGCCUCUUCUUUUCUGAUGGUAGAUGAAUUCAUAUAUUUAAACUUAUGCAUUUCAUUCACAACAAAGUACACUGGAUUGAUUUCUUUGUAAAUGUGGGACAGACCCAAAACUCAUGAAUAUCACAAAUGUAAAAAUAAGCAAAGCCAAAGUAAAUCGUGAAAGAAUGAAAUAUAUUAUCUCUUUUGGACAUCUUUGAAAACAAACUUGAAAGUGAUAUAUACAGUGAAUAUAAAGGUAACUUCUGUGAAUUUAAUUUUUUCUUUUUCUUAUUCCAAAGGCACAAGCUUGAGAAUAUUAUCGGUUUUAUUGAUAUUGCUGAAAUUAAAUAUCAAGAAAUGGUCCAUUGGAUAAUGAAAUAUAAAUGAAAAUUUUUAUAUAUGUGUGUGCAUAUAUAUGCAUAUGUAUACUUAAUUUAGUCAAUGUUGCAUGAGAGGAAACAUGAAUUUUCGUUGGCCUUCAUUCAUUCGUAAUGAUAAAACAGGAGACACUACACAAGGAAAAUCUUGGAUAGAUUAUAUCUCAGAGAAAAUUCAUUUUGAUAAGAAGCAGCAUGUCAGUAGCCUUGGAAAUGAAUUAUAUAAAAAAGAAAAAAGUUAUACUAAUUCUCAAAAUAAUCUCAUCCAAGAGGAGAAAAAAGAGAAAGAUGCCACGAAAAGCCUUUUAAUGCAUUUUUCAAACAACACGAGUCUCCAUGGAGUGAGGAAUAUAGCUGACAGUAAUAAUACUCUGCUAAGGUUAUUUUACAUUGGCAUUGUGGCAAGUUUUAUGAUUUUAGUCUCAUAUUAUUUAAUAAAACUUUUCAUGAUUUACAACUCUCACCCAGUCAACAGGCAGUAUACAGCCAGUCUCCAGGAAAAACUGAUGUUUCCUGGUAUCACCAUGUGUGACUUCCAUCCCUACAACUUAAGAAAUCAGUCAAUAUUUGUCACCCUUAUAGAAGGAUUAGAUGCAAAAAAUUACACUAACCCUUUAUUUUCUCUAGAAGAAGAAACGAUAUAUACUCUACUUUAUUCAGAUCAAAAUGAUGAUUUGGAAUCAAAGUUUAAUUCAAACGAAUUAUGCGCUGAUGAUUGGAGUUUCAGAUGGAUGGUUAUAGACAAUGAUAUUUUGAAAUGUUAUACUUUCAAUACAGUCAACAAGACAGAACCUCGCAUUACCAAUAAACCUGGCAUUAAAUAUGGAUUGGAGAUUGUUCGAAAUUUUUCGGACUUAUAUAGGGAUUAUACAACUGGGGUAAGGUUAACUUUGCUUGGGUAUCCAUACCACCCUAUCGAGGAGGACUGUGUAUCGGUUGAGAAGCAAAGUCUUCUGGAUAAUACCAGUCCAUAUAGUCAAGUGAUUUGUGAAGAGAAAUGCCGUGUGGAUUUCAUAAUCCGUAGUUGUAACUGCUCACCAAGUUUUGCAGGUGGAAAUAAUCGUAGAUGUACCUUUCGGGAAUAUAUAACCUGCGAAAGAAGUGCUACUGACGAAUUCUUUUCAAACAAAUCACAUUUGAAUAUGUGUAAUUGUAUCCGUAGCUGUUCAUUUACCUCAUAUUCUAUAAGUACAUCAGUAGCAUACUACCCACGGCCAGCACAUAAAUUGCCUACUAAAUUCAAAAUACAUCUUUAUUAUGAAAGUUUGAUUUUAAAAGAAAUGUCAGAACAAGAAAUGUUUACAUCAGAGGCAUUUUUAGCUCAAUUCGGUGGCCAGAUGGGACUUUUCCUUGGAGCAAGCCUCAUAACAGCCCUGGAAUUAGUAGAGCUGAUUAUUAUGGUUUUAUGGACACAAUUCCGCUGUUUGCCUAGCCAGGCUCAUGGGGCCGGUUUCCCGGUUUCUAUGGCAUAUGUGUUCCCACCCAGCUAGACGGGAUGCCAGUCCACUGCAGCAUUACUCAAGAAACAGGAAGAAAGAGUGAGAGAAAGUUGGGGCAAAAGAGUACAACAGGGGUUGCCACCACCCCCUGCCGGAGCCUAGUGGAGCUUUUAGGUGCUUUUGCUCAAUAAACACACACAACGCUUGGUCUGGGAAUCAAAACCGUGAUCCUCUGACCAUGAGUCCGCUACCCUAACUACUGGGCCAUUGCACCUCCUUUACCAAUAAUACGUAUGAUUUUAUAGUAUUCUAACCAAUGGAGUUCUGUUAUAUUUAAUAAAUAUUAGAUAUGAUUGUGUUAUUAUAUUUAACCAAUAUGGUUAUUAUACAUUUAAUCAAAUCAAUAUUCAACAUGGCUUUUCUAUAUUUAACCAACAUUGACAACAUUACUAACAAAUACUGUGUUUUAUG